AUGAACAGCAGAGCCCCCACAGUCCCAGUACCCCACAGUCCCAGUGCCCCACAGUCCCAGUACCCCAGAGCCCCAGUACCUCACAGUCCCAGUACCCCAGAGCCCCAGUACCCCACAUCCCCAGUACCCCACAUCCCCAGUACCCCACAUCCCCAAUACCCCACAUCCCCAGUACCCCACAGCCCCAGUGCCCCACAGCCCCAGUGCCCCACAGUCCCAGUGCCCCACAGUCCCAGUACCCCACAGCCCCAGUACCUCACAGUCCCAGUACCCCACAGCCCCAGUACCCCACAGCCCCAGUACCCCACAGCCCCAGUACCCCACAGCCCCAGUACCAGUACCCCACAGUCCCAGUACCUCACAGCCCCAGUACCUCACAGCCCCAGUGCCCCACAGCCCCAGUACCAGUCACAAUACAGCAAUGUAGGAGUUUGA